CUCUUAAGGAGGAAAUAGGAAGUUCUGCUCCAUGAACUCAACACAAAGCAACAAAAACAAAGACUUUUAGCGAGAUGGCGGGGAUUAAAGCUCUGGUCGGUCUGUCCUUCAGCGGUGCUCUUGGAUUGACCUUUCUGCUCCUGGGUUGUGCACUGGACCAUUUCGGAGUGUACUGGCCUCUGUUUGUGCUGAUCUUCUACGUGAUCUCGCCGCUGCCGUACUUCAUCUCCACCAGACUCAGCGACAGCACCGAUUCCUCCAGCAACACGUGCAGGGAACUGGCACACUUCCUCACCACGGGCAUCGUCAUCUCGGCGUUCGGCCUGCCCGUCAUACUGGCGCGGAAGGAAGUGAUUAAGUGGGGAGCCUGCGGGCUGGUGAUGGCGGGUAACAGCGUGAUCUUUUUCACCAUCCUCGGCUUCUUCCUGGUGUUCGGGAACAAUGACGAGUUCAGCUGGGAACAGUGGUGAACCACUGGAGAUCUUGCACAUCUGGAAAUGAAGAGCGACACAGGAGGGCGAGGGAUGCAACACAGAAACAGCGAGGCCAAAAUUGACUAAUAAAGUUAAUAACAGUGGUGAGGGAGCGGACUGGGGGGGUUCUUCUGGAGGGUGGGGGGUGGAUAUAAUUUGGGACAAGCUAAAAAAAAAAGAAGGACUUUAAACUGACGAGUAUCUUAUUCUUGCACUAUCAUAUCUCAUUUCUGGCUUGACGUGUUGGGACUGACGUAUAGCGGGUGCUUCUCAUCGCUCACUGCAUGCAGUUUAUUAUUUUAAGGGUUUAUUUCACUUUACUUUCAUAAUCAACACUAUUUUAAAUCACGUUAAGAUGCUUAGUAUCGUGUUUUGUAUUGAGUUUUUGAUGUUGCGUAUUUUAUAGUCCAGUAAUCACAUGUUUACUGAAACUGCAAUCAUACUGCAAUUAUACUGACCAGGAGGUGGGAAGAGCAGCGCUGGUAAAUUUCCAAGCUUUUGUACUAAAUAAUUGUAAUAAUAUUAAAUGUUAAUAAUAAAAAAGCUUUACUUUAAUAUGAAA